UUGGCAUCUUUAUUUCAGGGUCCUUGAGGAAAAGGAUUCUCAACUGUGCUGCGUCUUCUAUCCACAAUCCGUUGAGGAACUUGGGGAUCUAUAUAUAGUUUUCUUGUAACACCUGGUGUUUUGUUAUGGACAUAAAAUCUGGUCACUCGUCUCCUGUAAUGACUGAUUCUCCACCAAUAAGCAACUCAAGAUUAACCAUUCGUCAGAACAGACUACCAUACUCAGCAGCAGCAGCCACGGCCCUCUCACAGAACAACAAUCUUUUGCUAACCGUUCCCAGAAAGAAAGCUGGGAUUCUUGAUGAUGUUAAGUCUAGUAGUUGGCUUGAUGCAAUGAAAUCUUCUUCUCCUCCUCCGGCAAUACUUAACAAAGACAACAUUAGCAGCGAUGCUGCUGACAUGAGUUAUGGCGAAUGGACGCUCAAGUAUCCAUCAGCUCUUACUACUUUUGAGAAAAUCAUGAGUUUUGCAAAAGGGAAAAGAAUAGCAUUGUUUCUUGAUUAUGACGGCACACUUUCCCCUAUAGUAGAGGAACCUGAUUGCGCCUACAUGUCAAAUGCUAUGCGUACUGCAGUGCAAAACGUUGCCAAGUACUUCCCAACCGCGAUCAUUAGUGGAAGAAGCCGUGAUAAGGUGUAUGAGUUUGUUGGACUGAGUGAACUUUAUUACGCGGGAAGCCAUGGAAUGGACAUUAUGAGUCCUACAGGAGAAUCUUUAAACCAUAAACAUCUCAUCCGUAGUACUGUAUCAGUUAAUGAAGAGGGGAAAGAUGUAAGUCUGUUCCAACCUGCUAGCGAGUUUCUACCAAUGAUCGAUAAGGUGCUUUUUUUGCUUGUGGAGCGUACAAAAGAUAUCAAAGGGGUUAAAGUGGAAGACAAUAAGUUCUGCAUCUCUGUACAUUACCGCAAUGUAGAAGAAAAGAACUGGACAUUGGUUGCACAACGCGUUGAUGAUGUCAUUAGAACAUAUCCAAAGCUACGUCUAACACAUGGCCGGAAGGUUUUAGAGAUCCGUCCAGUUAUUGACUGGGACAAAGGGAAAGCUGUUACAUUUCUACUCGAAUCUCUCGGCCUUAACAAUUGUGAGGAUGUUCUCCCAAUCUAUGUCGGGGACGAUCGAACAGAUGAAGAUGCAUUUAAGGUAUUACGAGAUGGACCAAACCACGGUUAUGGUGUAUUAGUAACUGCUGUGCCUAAAGACAGCAAUGCCUUUUACUCGCUUCGUGAUCCAUCUGAGGUGAUGGAGUUUCUUAAAUCAUUGGUGACAUGGAAGAGAUCAAUGGGUUAGUAGAAGAAGUAGGAGAAAAUGGUUGACUAUAAAUAUAUAUAUAUAUAUAUAUGGAAGCUAGAAGAUUAUUGUUAUACAGAGGAAAUGGAGAAAGAGAUGAUGCAAAAGUAAAGAAUUUAGUUUAUCUUUGGUUCUUGUUUGGUGUUUUCAAAGUUGUUUAGAUACAGUUGAGAUUUUAACCUAACGUCGCCGGAGAAAGAGAUCACAUGAAGGCUUAAAGCAUGCCGGAGAUCUAUUUUUCUGAUCGAUAUCUCAUUUUUUUCUUCCUCUUUCAACUGUACAUUUUUCUUUCAUCUCGAACAAUUGUUUCUAUAAUCUGGUGCUACUAAAUUUUGG